GCCUCUGCUGUCUUCUUUGGGAUAUCAUAUCGUCAGCUUUCAGAUCUCGCCGCGCCGUAGCGUAAGAAGAAGAUGGAACAGACAGAAGACAUUCGACCGCUUAUCUUUGAUAAUGGAAGUGGAUUUACCAAGGUUGGGUUUGCUGGAGAAGAUGCUCCGAGAACUCUGUUCCCCAGCAUUGUGGGCCGUCCCCGUCACCGCGGUGUAGGGAUGGACCACAUAGAUGCAUUGGUUGGAAAUGAAGCACUCCAAAAGCGUGGCAUCCUGAGCAUGAAAUUUCCACUCGAGCCUGAUGGCAUAGUGAGCAAUUGGGAAGAUAUGGAGAAGAUUUGGCAUCACUCCUUUCAUGAAGAGCUCCGGGUUCCUCCCGAGGAGCACCCCGUACUCCUCACUCAACCCCCUUUUAACACGAAGGCAAAUCGGGAGAAGAUGACCCAAAUAAUGUUUGAGACUUUCAAGAUCCCAGCUAUGUAUGUUGCCAUUCCGGCUGUUCUUUCCCUCUAUGCUAGUGGCCUUACCACCGGCAUUGUUUUGGAUUCGGGUAGUAGUGUUACUCGCAGUGUCCCCAUCUAUGAGGGUCAUGCCCUUCCACACCCCAUCUCGCGUCUUGAUUUGGGAGGGCGCGACGUGGAUGAGUAUUUGAUACGGAUGGUAAGGGAGAAGAAUUUCACUGCUACGCUGUGGCGGGACCCCAUGACGUGCAUGAAAGAAGAACUCGGCUACGUGGCUCUUGACUACGAGCACGAGUUGGAGACCAGCCCUGAUGAGGAAAAGAGCUAUGAGCUGCCCGACGGGAAGCUCCUCACCAUAGGCAGGGGGUGUUUCCUAUGUCCGGAGGUCCUUUUUCAGCCCUCGCUUCUCGGCAUGGAGGCGGCGGGAAUUCACGAAAUCACGUACAACUCUAUCAUGAAAUGCGACGCUGAUCUUAGGAAUGAACUUUUUGGGAACAUAGUGCUUGGUGGUGGUUCUACUAUGUUCCCCGGUAUGGCGGAGAGGAUGAGAAAGGAGAUUACGGCAUUGGCCCCAAGUUGCACGGAGAUCAAGAUGGUGGCGCCACCCGAGAGGAAAUACAGUGCCUGGAUCGGAGGGUCUAUAUUGGCCUCCCUCAGCACUUUCAAGCAGAUGUGCAUUUCCAAGGCAGAGUAUCAUGAGUUCGGAUCCUCCAUUGUGCACAGAAAGUGCUUCUAAACCCAUGUGACGGAGAUGCAUGUGCAUGGUUUUACAAAAAGAUACGGAGUAAUAGAUAUUGCUUGAUAAUGUCUCCAUAUUAAUUGUGAGGUCUUUGAACACACACUUUGCUGUUUCUUUUUCGAUGCGCGCGGGAGAAGCCCUCCCAACAUGGAUCCAUAAUAAAUAUCUCAGCGAAAACAAUAUGUGGAUCGGAGCUGUCAAAUAAAGAGGUUAUGAAUGG